GUCUUCUGUUUGCAGGAGAGAAGGUUUUAAACGCCCGAUUCGGAAAACGCCUGAGAGGCUUGCGGCGUACGCCCGACGAUCUCCGAAUAAAAGAGGCGGAUCCACCGACAACUGAAUUAAAACAAGAGAGGAAAGAAAUCCCGCUUCCGCCAUGGCGACGGAGUUCCUCCCAUGGUAUUGGAUCGUGGAAACCCUAGCCCAAGUCGAGGAGUUGGAUACUUCCAUUCUCGAAACUAUCAUUUACAGGGUUCCGGAUUUCGCUGAGAAUGCUCCCGAAACCGUGCAGGAGAGAGUCGCAUUGAGAUACCUCGAGAAACUCGUGCCAUCUUCAUCCGCUUGGGAUGUUCCUUCAACCUCAGCGUCUAUUGAUGCGGAUGGACCGACCGUGGAAAUUCUGAAAAAAGUGGCAGCUUUAUGCAAACUUGAAAAGGAUAAAGACAAGCUGCGUGAUCCUGACCUUCUCCGGUUUAUUCUCCAAAAGAAGGCUUCCCUACCAAAGUCUUCUCUUCAGUUACUGUCAUCCACUCUGGGGGGUCAUAGUCAAGUUCUUUCAUCUUUGAAGGAACUUAGUGGCUUGUGCAUACAUAGUCGAGCAGAUUGUCUGCGAUGCAGCAUUGGUGAUGAUAAUCAAAGAGCAAAGAAGCUUAGGUUAAGCAGAAAUGAUGCUGAAAUCCAGUCACCAAAACAGAGCUCGCCUGUUAUUGCGCAUGAUGGUGUCACAGUGAUCUUGCAAGAAAAUCAUGCUGGAUAUAUGCAGCAUGUGAAUAAGCUGAAUGUUUCAGAUGGUGAGAGGAUUAAUUUUAGUGGUGGUGAAAUGGAGCCACUAAAACAAACUUUAGCUGCUCCAGCUCCUGAUAGUGGUAAAUUCAACUUGCAACAGGAUUCUUCUGGACUGGGGCAAGGUGGUGAAAUCCAGCCACUAAAACAAACUUCAGGUGCACCAGCUUCUGAUUGUAAUAAUGUAAUCUUGCAAAAGGAUUCUUCUGGACUUGGACAGUAUUUGCCCAAGCAGAACAUGCCAAAUGCCGGUAGUAGUCAUUUACAUCAAGACAUUGAUAGUACUGGUGGUGAUACCAUUGAAUUGUUGAAAGAUAACUCGAGUCUCCAAAAUGCAACUUCAGAUAGAAGUACAAAGAAUGUGAAUCCAGCAUCGGGCAAGACAGAGUUAUUUGCUGGUGUGCCAAGUGUGAUAUUAGAGGCAUCAAGUGAUAGUGAUGGUGCUUGCGAUGUUCCUUCUGACUUUAAUCUUUGUGAUGAUGUCUUUAAUAAUGAGAAGCACCGCUUAUUGAGUUCUCAAGGCCAUGCAAAUCAGGAUUCUGCUACUGGGGAUUGGACAAAACAGGGCUUAUGUAUAAAGUGCGAUAAUGGUGGUCAGUUGUUAAGUUGUAGUGCCAGUGGAUGUUCAAUAGGUGUCCAUGAAAGUUGUUUGGGACCAUUUGUUAAAUUUGAGAAGACAGGUCUUUUCUACUGCCCCUUCUGUUCAUAUAGAAGAGCUACUUUGGCAUAUUGGAAAGCCAGGAAAAAUCUUUCAUGGGCCAAGAAAGGCCUCUCAGUUUUUCUCGGUGAGGAUCCUAUUCCUGGGCAUCGAAAGGAACAAUCAUCUCCAAAAGUUCGUAGAGAAACAAGUCAAGCAGAAGUUGCUGGAAAUGCGAGUCAUCAAUCUGAUGCCCAUCAUGCUGACAAGCUGAAUGUGAGUUUUUCAACAGCAAAAGAACAACAGCAGCAAAUAGAAGUUGCCAAGGUUUGUGACAAAGGCAAGCUGCACAGUAAACAAAUGGAGAAUCCAUCCAGUGUCGAGAGAGGUGAUGUUUCUCAUAAUCCAGUGGAAAAUAAUCAAGAUAAGAUGGUCAUGAGAGUUAACUUCCCUGAUGCUGAGGACGCUGAUACCUUCAUCAAUAUGGAGAAUGAAUUAGGCAAUAACAGUGAACAUGUUUCGGUGGCAGAGCACCAGCAACCAAUAAAACCUCAAGCAGGAAUAGAUAAUGGUAAUUUACCCUGUGAGGAUAGGGGUACAUCUCAUGCUGUACAUGCUCAUGAUGUUUCCAAUGCUAAGCAAAACAGUAACAUUGAUUCAGCUGAUGAUCAUUUACGCACACAGCAAUUGAAAAAUCAGGGACAGGUAGAAGCUUUUCUUGACCAUGAUACUGGCCAUACAGCACCAUCUCCACAAACCAGUGAUAAGCACUGCAAGAGUAGAAGACAAGAUGCUGCUGUAGGUGAGGCCUGUCAUCACCAGGGGACAGUUGGAGACCAGAGCAGGAGCAAGGCUUCACCGGGCAAAAAUGGAAAGUACAGAUCUCGACCCAAGCGUUAUUCAAACCCAAUAAUUCCUUCUGGCAGGCGAAGGAAACUUGCUUGGACUGUCGAGGAGGAAGAAGCUCUGAAGGAUGUAGUGCCGAAAUUUGCUGCAAAUGGUGAUGGUACUCUUCCAUGGACAAAAAUUUUGGAAUUUGGUCGCCAUGUAUUUCACAGAACACGUCAGCCUGGUGACCUGAAAGACAAAUGGAGGAACAUUCAGAUCAAAGAGGGUUUAAGAACUAGAAAAACAUGAUAUAACCUAAUCAGUGUUGUUGCUUUGUUGGAUUCUGUUUUGAUAUUGUUUUUGUAUAGGUACGGAUCUCUGAAGUGUUUAAGAGUCUGUCGAAGACAUGGAGGAACAUUAAGAUCAAAGAGGGUUGAAGAACUUGAGAAACAUGAUAUAAUUUAAGAUCGUAGUUUGUUGAAGGUUUUUUUUUUUCCUUUAGUGUAACUACUUGUGAUGUCAUUUUUGUAUGUACACACAUCUUUUUUGAAGCGCUAAAUCGUCCAUUUAUUGCUUCA